ACCACAUCUCCUACUACCUUGCUCGAACGCCCAUCAUGAUCUUCCGUCACCUGUCACGCUCAGUGGCGGGACCAUCACGUCUCGCUGCGCCCGCAACGUCUUCAGCCCGCAGCUUCUCCUCUUCUCGCUCCGUCUCCAAGAUCAUUGCAUCGCAGCCACUCCGUGCAAAGGAGGCACCGACACCCCUCGAUGCAGCAAAGGGCUACCCAGUCAUCGACCACGAGUACGAUGCCGUCGUCGUUGGUGCUGGUGGAUCCGGUCUGCGUGCUGCGUUCGGUCUCGCAGAGGCUGGUCUCAACACGGCUUGCAUCACCAAGCUCUUCCCUACUCGAUCUCACACUGUCGCAGCUCAGGGUGGUAUCAAUGCCGCGUUGGGCAACAUGACCGAGGACGACUGGCGCUGGCACAUGUACGACACCGUCAAGGGUUCCGACUGGCUUGGUGACCAGGACGCUAUCCACUACAUGACUCGCGAGGCUCCCCGUACCGUCAUUGAGCUCGAGCACUUUGGUCUGCCCUUCUCCCGUACCAAGGAGGGCAAGAUCUACCAGCGUGCCUUUGGCGGUCAAUCGCUUCACUACGGUAAGGGUGGGCAGGCCUACCGAUGCGCCGCUGCCGCCGACCGUACCGGACACGCGAUGCUGCACACUCUCUACGGUCAAUCACUCCGCCACAACACCAACUUCUUCAUCGAGUACUUUGCCCUCGACCUCAUCAUGGAGGACGGCGAGUGCGUCGGUGUCAUUGCCCUCAACCAGGAGGACGGCACCAUCCACCGCUUCCGCUCGCACAAGACCGUUCUCGCCACCGGUGGUUACGGCAAGGCUUACUUCUCUGCUACUUCAGCCCACACCUGCACCGGUGACGGUAUGGCCAUGGUCUCGCGCGCUGGUCUCCCGCUCCAGGACCUCGAGUUCGUCCAGUUCCACCCCACCGGUAUCUACGGCGCUGGCUGCCUCAUCACUGAGGGCUCGCGUGGUGAGGGCGGUUACCUCCUCAACUCGGAGGGUGAGCGCUUCAUGGAGCGAUAUGCUCCCACUGCCAAGGAUCUGGCCUCGCGUGACGUCGUCUCUCGUUCGAUGACCAUUGAGAUCCGCGAGGGACGUGGUGUUGGCCCUGAGAAGGACCACAUCUUCCUCCAACUCUCCCACCUUCCCCCCGAGGUUCUCCACGAGCGCCUCCCCGGUAUUUCCGAGACGGCCGCCAUCUUUGCCGGUGUCGACGUCACGAAGGAGCCCAUUCCCGUCCUCCCCACCGUCCACUACAACAUGGGCGGUAUCCCAACCCGCUACACCGGCGAGGUACUGCGCCAGACUGCCGACGGCAAGGACGAGGUAGUCCCCGGCCUCUACGCUGCUGGUGAGGCGGCCUGUGUCUCCGUCCACGGUGCCAACCGUCUCGGCGCCAACUCUCUCCUCGACAUCGUCGUCUUUGGCCGUGCGUGCGCCAACCACAUCAAGGAGAACCUCUCCCCCGGCAAGCCGCACCGCGAGCUCAAGGGCGACCAAGGUGCUCAAUCCAUCAACGACCUCGACUGGCUCCGCAACUCGACGGGCAACAAGACUGUCGCUCAGAUCCGUAACGACAUGCAACGCACAAUGCAGAGCGACGCUGCCGUCUUCCGCACGCAAAAGUCCCUCGACGAAGGCUGUGAAAAGAUGAAGAAGGUCCAGUCGACCUGGCAAGACGUCUCGGUACGAGACCGUUCCAUGAUCUGGAACACGGACAUGGUCGAGGGUCUCGAGCUGCGCAACAUGCUCACCUGUGCCAUCCAGACUGUCACAUCCGCUGCGGCGCGCAAGGAGUCCCGUGGUGCCCACGCUCGCGAGGACUACCCGGACAGGAUGGACGGAACUGAGGGUCCGGACGGAUGGAUGAAGCAUACCCUUUCUUGGCAGAACCUCGAGAAGGACCCGGUCAAGCUGGGCUACCGUGCGGUGGUGAUGAACACGCUCGACGAGAACGAGUGCAAGACGGUGCCCCCCUUCAAGAGGACGUACUAAGCGCGCGUCGUGACGACGUGGAGCGUCUUUGUUUACUGCUUCUGUUCAGUCGUGACUCUGGUUAUAAUUUCAUCUGACUUCAUGCGAUCCGAGAGUUUGUUGAGAGCGUGACCCAGGAGAGGAGAAGGCGGUAGCCACGGCUGCCCAAGCAUCGUCGACGCCACCACAUCGGUUCAGCCGCGCACGCACGGACGGCCGCCGGCGGCUUGAUGGUGCGCUGUGGCUCCUUCGCCAGGGUCUUGAUUGUGAGACAGAGGAUGAAGAUUCAAUAAUAGCG